GGCCGCGUCAGACAAAAACAGACCCAUACAAGGCAGUCAGGGUAGAGGGCACGGGUACACAGCGAGAAGUAGCACAGGUUGUCUGCAAACGUUAGCAUUAGACGCAUGAUUUUUUCAAUCUGACAGAGAUAGUCCAUUGCGCACCAGAGAAUAAUAUUGUGUUGAGACUAUCGGAAGAGUGUUAUUGUUAUUGUAGUAAGGGCAGUGUCAAGAUAUUUAUUGUUAAGGGGGAUCUGUAAAUCUAUUGAUCAGCAUUUAGAAAGUCCACAGGCUUUCAUACCUUUAUCACCUGUAAGAUUAACUCACCAAGCGGGAAAUGCCGUACGCAGUGAACAGCUUCUUUUGCACGCUUGUUGUGCUAAUUCUUUGGCAAGUGGAGGAAAUCGCUGAGGCGUGCAGCUGUUCUCCUGUACAUCCUCAACAGGCUUUCUGCAACGCCGAUGUUGUAAUCAGGGCCAAGGUAGUUGGAGGAAAAGAGGUGCACUCUGGGAAUGAUAUCUAUGGCAACCCCAUCAAGAGAAUCCAGUAUGACAUCAAGCAGAUUAAGAUGUUCAAAGGUCCAGACCGUGACAUUGAGUUCGUCUACACAGCACCUUCUUCAGCAGUGUGUGGGGUCACCCUGGACACCACUGGCAAGAAAGAAUACCUGAUUUCAGGGAAGGCUGAGGCCAAUGGCAAGAUGCAUGUGACGCUGUGCGACCUCAUCAUGCCUUGGGAGGCCAUGAGCGCGACGCAGAAGAAGAGCCUGAGCCAGCGCUACCAGAUGGGCUGCGAGUGCAAGAUCGUACGCUGCACUUCCUUCCCAUGUGAAGUCAGUACUCCAGAGGAGUGCCUGUGGACGGAUUGGCUGACGGAGAAGCUCAUCAACGGCCGGCAGGCCAAUCACUACGCCUGCAUCAAGAGAGGGGACGGCUCUUGCGCUUGGUACCGUGGCUCCGCUCCCCCCAAGAAGGAGUUCUUGGACGCCGAGGACCCCUAGAACCCCCAUACCCCCCCACCCCACCCCUGCCCAUGGCAUCUGCCUGAAUAUAAUAGUAAUAAUGAUAACAACAAUAAGGUUUUUAAAAUGCAUUAGUGGAGAAAGAGUGAAGCUCACAACAUGACAAGGUUUUAAACUCCAUACAACUCAAGUGCUCAGAGGUUAGCAUAGACCAUAGAAUUUUUCAUUAGUACAUAGAGUAGCUGACAGCCGUAUACAGAUUGGUCAUGUGAUGAUGUAAUUUGCCCAUGAAGGCUGGUUUUAGGAAACACUCUCCCCAUGUGAGGGACAAUCGGUUUUUAGCAAAGCACUUUCCCCCUGCCCCCACGAAAAAAAAAACACAAACUGACCAAAACAAAGCACUUAAUUGUGAUAGUUUACCCCAAAGAAUCAAUGGCAUCUUAUUGUGGAUGGCUAAGAAACGGAACAAAAAAAACACUUCCUAAUGGCUCAUUCUAAAAUGUCCUCAAGUUUCAGUCAGCCUGGGAAAAAAAAGAUAUCUUGGACUGUGAUUAGUGUUGUUUCCUUGAACCAUGCCUUGAUCAUCAUGGCGAGGUUGGACUCCGAGUGUUCACAGAUGUAUAAAGACACACACCAUGCACAACUGCACAACAGAUGGAGAAGAGCCGCUUCACACUCAUUUGUCAAGAUCAAUCCCUUGCGUCUGUGCUUUUUUCAAGACCAAAUGAAAAUAAUAAUAAUGAUGAUGAUAAUGCUAAUAAUCUGAAUGUGUUGCUCUAAAUUAAAGUAAGUUUGAGACGACGGGGAUGUGUGAGAUGGGGUUUAGCAGGGUUGAGGCUCUAAGGGCUUUUAAUUUGACAAAGCCAGGGCAGGUCCUCUCUUCCUGCUCUGCAUGGAAAGCCAGUCCACUAACUUAAACACUGCCAACAGGGAAGUCCCAUUCAAUGAAACCAACUAGAAGAAGGUCUGCGGUUGUGAUCUUCACAUAGUAACACUGCCAUAUCCUGUAAUGUGGGAACAAUUAUUAGCAUAGCAUGUAGCUUCUGAAAAGAGAGUAGUUAUACUUCCUGAUCUUAAAACUCUUAUUAUAUAUUGUGUCUAAGUCACAGAUAUCCAGAGAACCAUAGCUACAUUUGCCUCUUAGUGUAUUACCAUAGUAGCACUGUCGUCCACCCACCCACACAUUCCCAAAGAGCUCCAGUCCCUCUACGUGCCUACUGCUCACUCCUCUCCCUGUACAGAGCCCACAGUAUCCAUUAUACCUGUGUCAUUUGAUAUGUUUGUUCAAUUAUGAUUCUGUGCUCAAUAUACCUGAUUAGAGCUAGAGAUGCACUUUUUGCUACCAUCAUAGAGCGUAUAACUGUGAGGAUUGACUCCUCAUUGGAAGUUUAAAUUCUUUUUUUAUUUUAUCUUCCUUCAUUCCUCUCUUCCUAGGGUUUCUUUCUGUCUUUCUCUGGUGCCUCUGUUUUCAAGUCUUUUUUUUAAACGAAUUCCUGUUGUAUUUUGUCCAGAUGUUUCCAAAGUGUUUCCAAGAAAUGUGUGAGGGUAUAAAGCUUGAGCCGGGGUCCCUGGACUCUGGACACUGGAAGGUCACUGAGGGCUGCACUGAAGGCCUCGUCCACAUCGACAGGUUGGGCCUCUGAUUGUAAUGGCUGGCAGAGAUCCCAUAGCGGUGACCUCAUUUGGAAAGAUUGGAUGUAAUUAGCCAGCUAAUGAGAAUUGUUGUGUAAUUCCACUCUUCCGAGGCUUGUUACACGUUUUAUGAGGCUUCCCGCCUGGUCAGUAACUCUUAAACUUGAUUGACAGCGGCUUAGAGGGAUUGUUGCAGGUGCGCCCUGAUUGGCUAGCUCCAAGUCACAUGACCAGGAGCCAGCAAAGGACCAAGGGAUGUAGUUGCUAGGCAUUAAGUCUGGACCUGCUUUUUAACAUUCAUGGGUGUCACAAGAUGCAGCACAGCACAGCGCGGUGGAAACGAGGAUGGGUAGAGCGAGAGAAAGAUGGGUAGAGCGAGAGGAAGAUAGGUAGAGCGAGAGGAGGAUGGGUAGAGCGAGAGGAGGGUGAAGCGAGGCGAGGGGGAGACUGGGUGAGGUGUAGCCGAGUGUGGAAUGUGCAACGCUUCCCAUAUCAGCAGGCUGCGGGCUAUUCACAGGCUAUUCUCCUGGCCAGAGCAUUCUUGACAUGCUACCAGUAACACAAAAUGAAGAGAGGUAUUGUUAGUGUUGUGCCAUCAUCAUCGUGUCUGCUCAGUGCAUAUGUGCACUGCUAGGGUGUGUGUCCUGUGUGUGUGUGUGUGUGUGUGUGUGUGUGUGUGUGUGCAUACACAUGUCCAUGUUUCAGGAGUGUGUGUUGGACAUUGGUGAAUUGUGUGUGAGAGAGUGAUUAGACUCAAGCCUUGUCAUUAGGACCACAUUUGUGCUUAUUAAAGAUCAUGGUCCACUGAGUUGAAAACAGAAUGAAUCAGGUUGUAGAAGGUAAUAAUGUAUUAAAGGAUAUGCAUUUUAAACCCCAGAAAUUCUGGCUUUUUCCACUCUCUAUCUCUCUUUCUCUCUCUGUCUGACUACCUUUCCGACAUUUACUGUAAACGAGCUCUUGAGACAUAUCUACAAACUAACCAAGAGCAACAGUUAAAAAUCACUUCUCAUAAACCUCAUGCUAUACAAUCUAUAGUGGAAUAUACAUAAAGGGCAUAAUUUAAGUGUUUGCUGUUGCCAAGUUUUUUUUUAAACUUUUUGGUUUUGUAAACUGUGUCUUUAUUACAUGCUUUCAGUGUCAUUUUUUUACCAUUCUCUCUGUCUUGCUCUUUGAAAAUGACUCUUUGGUGAGAGCCGUCUGAUGUGUGGCCCAUGUGAGGGGGCAUUGGGGCGGUGAGAACCAGACUAUGCAUGUCUCUGAUGCUUUUUUUUGUGUAUUUCCCAUGUGGAUGUUCACUUGAUGGACAAAACAUACAGUAUUAAUGAAAAUAAAAAUGGAAUAAAGGACAACA